GUCACCAUAGCAAAGCGGAUCAGAGAAGACUGGUCAAGACUCGGAAUCCAGGAGGGGAAGUGGCGAGGGAUCUCUGGGGACAAAGGGGAGGGCAGUAAAGGCCCAGAGGGGGCGGGGCUUAAGCCGGGGGGCGGGCCGGGCCGGGAGAGUCCGGACAGUUCGCAGCUUGGCGUCCGUGCAUCGCGUAGCCAAGUCCACCGGUGCCUGUGCCCUUCUUGCCCUGAGACCCACAAGCGCUUUCCUCGGUCUGAAGCACCCGCCUUGUCAGGGCCACUUGGGGGCGCGGCCGACGGCAGAUCUCUCCUGUGCUGCGCUGGUGCUUAGCCACGCAGAGACCCUUUCGGAUUCUUGAUUCCCACUCCUAAACCAGCAGCUAGACAGGGACCCCAAGCGAACUCGGUGACUAUCACCAAUGUCAGUUCAGAAUUCUGACUGGUCCCUCCAACAGGACAAUCCUAUCUUCAGGGAGCCAGAUCCACCAGUCUACACAGACAGUGACUCAGGCCGCCGGCCAGUGGAGGACUAUGAGGAUACCUCUGCUCAGGCUGCUACAUGCUCGAGCUUGGGCCCACCUUGCCUGGAUAUCAACCAAGUUUCAAACUGGCCUGGCUUUCGGACUCUCCUGCAGCAGCUUCCUCCACAGGACAGUGAUGAACGCUACUGUCUGGCCCUAGGGGAGGAGGAACUGGCCCAACUUCGACUCUUCUGUGCCCAGCGGAAGCAGAAAUCCCUGGGACAGGGGGUGGCCCGUCUACUGCCUCCUAAGCUUGAAGGAUACACCUGUAAGAAGUGCAAGAAGCUACUGGAUCCAGGGGAGUAUGGAGUGUUCGCGGCCAGGGCUGGUGAGCAGAGCUGCUGGCACAGACCCUGCUUUGCUUGCCAGGCCUGUGGCCAGGGCCUCAUAAACCUCAUCUACUUCUACCACGAGGGGCACCUGUACUGUGGCCGUCAUCAUGCGGAGCUCUUACGACCUCGAUGUCCAGCUUGUGACCAGUUCGAGCAGAGGUCCUUAAAUUAGUUUGGACUCAGAACGUUUCUGGAUCCUUGAGCAGGUGUUUAUCUCAUCACUAUGUCAGAUGAUCAAUGCUGUGCUUGCCCAAUUCUAGAAGGAUCUUAACAUCAACAUGAAAGGCCGUAUUGAAUCUUGGGAUAGGAGUUAGGGAAGCUCUGGGGUCCAACUUCGGACUGGGCCACCUGCUACGUGGACGUUCCGGCCCAAAGCCAAUCACCCUCUCUGAAUCCAAAAGUCACAAAGUACUUCAAAUCAGAACGCCUGUGGGCAUAGCGUUAAUGGGUAUAAGGCGUGGUUAUUGGAUGAAUGAAAGAAUGGGUGAGUGAAUGAAUGAAUGAAUGAAUGAAUCGGUUUCCUUUCCCUCACCCAGCUGAUCUUCUCCCAGCGCUGCACUGAAGCAGAGGGACAGCGCUGGCACGAGAACCACUUCUGCUGCCAGGACUGCGCAGGGCCCCUGGAUGGG